UCCUAACUACGAACGUUCACUAUCAGACGAGAACUUGGAAACGUCAGACAACACCCUUAUCGCGUGUGCGUUAUUUUAAGUGAUAAAACUGUAAAAUGGCUUCAUUAUCCCAAGAAACGUCGCGAGAAAUAGAGAGAGCCAUCACAGAAGCGAAUGCCAGCUGCCAGAGGAGGAAAUAUAAGGAGGCGGAAGAGAUUUAUACCAAAUUGCUAAAUGGGAUAGCGAAGAACAGUGUCGACUCCCUGCUUCCAAAUGAGAAGUCGAAGCUGGCACUCGUCUACAACAACCGUGGCCACAGCAAAUACCAGCAGGUGGAUUUUGAAGAGGCCCUGGAUGACUAUUUUUAUGCCAUUCGUCUGAAUCCAAACCUUGCUGUGGCCUACUACAACAGGGGAACCAUCACAUAUCGUCUUUGUGCUGCCAUGCCUGAAGAGAACGGUGAAAGACAAGCUAUGUGUGCCCGAGCUAAAGGUGACUUUUCGGAAGCAGUGAGACUUGACCCAGAGAAUGCUGAAUUCAGAGAAGCUCUCGAUAAUUGCCAUGAUGUACCCGGAG